AUGGCGCGAAAACGAGGUGUUACAUCUAUACUGGCCACGUACAAACAGUCAUUUGUUAUUUGGGGUGCUCUUCUCAUUUUUGCCCCGUUGAUGUUUGUCAAGGAUGCACAUGAAUUGCAAGCCCGAUGUCUCUACUGUGUCGCCGUGAUGGGUGCCUACUGGGUAUUCGAAGCUCUUCCAUUGGCUAUCACUGCAUUCAUCCCCAUGAUUGUAUUCCCAUUAUUUGGGAUUAUGAGGUCUGAAGAAGUUGCGAGAGCCUACCUGCCAGAUACAUGUUUCCUAUUCAUGGGUGGUUUGAUGGUAGCCCUUGCAGUAGAAAAAUGUGAAUUGCAUGCAAGAAUAGCAUUAUUUGUGUUGAAGACGGUGGGCUCGGAACCAGCAAGAGUGAUGGCAGGAUUCAUGGGGGUCACAGGAUUUUUGAGUAUGUGGAUUUCAAACACUGCCACCACUGCCUUGAUGGUUCCAAUUGUUCAAAGUGUCAUCACUGAGCUAGUGUCCAAUCAUCGUAUGGAAGAUUUAGUCGCAUUAUGCGAGGCUCAUCACAACAGCAAUAGGAAACAGAGCAUUGGAAUGAGGAGGCUAUCACUGCCAAACGAGAACAACGAAAUCAAGAGAGAGGAAAUGGACACGGCUAUGUCUCCAAGAGAGCAGCGAAUGGCAAAAGGGCUAAUGUUGAGUGUCUGCUUCUCUGCCAACAUUGGAGGUGCUGCCACUAUCACUGGAACUGCGUCUAACCUGGUGCUUAUUGGCCAGUUGAAUGAAUUGUUCCCUGGAGCAGAUACCGGAGUCAACUUUUUGUCAUGGCUCACUUUCGCCUUCCCAAUGGUGUUCUGCUGUCUGAUUUACUGCUGGUGUGUCCUUUAUCUGUUGUAUCUCCGUGGUGCUCCAAAGGGAUCAAUCAUUGUUACCAGAAAAUUGCAACAAAAAUAUAACGAGUUGAACAAUCUUUCCUUUGCUGAAAUCGCAGUUGUCUUCUGUUUUGCCCUGCUACUCCUUCUUUGGAUCCUUCGUGAGCCACAAGUGGUACCAGGUUGGGGAGAAAUGUUUAGGGAAGAAUUUGUAUCAGAUGCGACUAGUGCAAUGUUGAUCGUUAUCCUUUUAUUCACUCUACCAGAAAAGCUUCCAAAUUUCAAAGGAAAUUCUUCUGAACAAAGAAAAGCAAGCAGCGGACUACUCGACUGGGCUACUGUACAGGACCGUUUCCCAUGGAGUGUACUGUUUCUUCUUGGCGGUGGAUUCGCCUUGGCUGCUGGUGUAAAGGAAUCCGGACUGUCCCAUGACAUUGGUGCUAUUAUGAGAAACCUGGAUGUUUUCAACCAUAACAUCAUUAUGCUGAUUUGUAUCAUUAUUAGUGUAACAUUAACCAAUGUUUGCUCUAAUACAGUUAUUGCUUCCAUCUUCAUUCCAAUUGUGGCGGAGUUAGCAAGAUCUCUAGAGAUUGAUCCAUUGAACUUUAUGCUACCUGUCACUAUUUCCGCCUCGUUCGCUUUCCUCCUGCCAGUAGCAACACCACCAAAUGCAAUUGUGUUCUCUUCAGGAUAUUUGAAAGUUUCUGAUAUGUUCGUCUCUGGUCUCUGUGUCACCCUUGGAUGUGUAGUUCUGUCAAUGUUGAAUAUGCUUCUCUGGGCUGGAUUUGUGUUCAAUUUGCACCUGUUCCCACAAUGGGCUAAAAAUCCAUCUCCACCACUGGAUGUUCAACAAUGGGCGGUGGAAAACAAUAUCACAUUUGUCGCGAAACCAUAA